AUGGCGGAGAAUAAGCGCCAGAACUCGAGUGCGAAGGCCUCUGGUCCUGGUAUGGCAACCAACAUGGUGCCCCACGAAGCUGCUUUGAGCGGUGCGAUCGGUGCUCGCGUCCGCAUUACUACUGCUGCACCAACCACUUCCACCUUCGAGGGAACCCUCUUCACCGUGUGCCCUAUCACUAACCUCGUCGCUGUCAACACAUCCCCCGUCACCACCUCCACAGACUCCAAGCAGGCACAGAGCGGCGAUUACCACGUUAUUCCUGUUUCUCGCAUCCAGUCAUUUCAGCUCAUCUCCCUCCCAUCCAAUACCUCGGACUCGCCUUCCUUUACCGAUGCACAGCCCACCAUUCAGGCACUUGACACCCGUGCGCUGAAGGCGCGCGAGAUCAAGGCCGUCAGCGAGAUUCUGGACCGGGAAGCGCGACGCGGAAAGGGUGUUACCCGUGAAGCGCAGGAUAUUUUUGAUGCGUUUAGUCGAACCAUGCCCGCCCGGUGGGAUGGACCGAAUAUCAUCGUUGCUGAUGCCGUUACCAUUGCGGCGCCGUACCGGGUUGAUGAGUGUCGCCCACUUGUCGAGGGCGACACGGCUGCUCUUGCCCACGUACGCAAAGUGCUCGAGAUGGAACGCAAGAAAAUCGAGCUCCGCAAUGCUAGCGCCACUAUUGGCUCAACUAGUACUUUCUCCCGGAAUUCAGGCGACCAGCGCAAAGGCGGAUAG